UUAUACGAUUUAAAGGGCACUAAUGGACUUUUUCAACACGCUGGGACACCCUGUAUAAGUGGAAUCGGGCCACAGUUUUGCAUUUUAUCUUCUACCUGGAAAAUUAUUAAAAGUGAAAUGCAAUUUUUAAUCUCUUGUAAUUUGAAUAUUUAGAAUAAGAAAAAUAAGACUUAACAAUUCAUAUGUUUAUCAAUUGAUAAUGUAUUACGACCUAUUUUUUGCGUACAGUAACAGUAUAUAAAUUCUGAUACGUUUGGAACAUUACCAAUUGUGUAUUAUCUUCAAUAAUGAAAUUAUUUUUAUUCUUUUUGUUUGUUUUUACUUUAGGGUGGGCACAAAAAGAUGGUAUUUGUCCCGAACCUAUAGGUGCUGGUAUAUGUACUUCGACUUGUGUUUCGGAUUUUGAUUGUAAAGGUAAUUUGAAAUGUUGCGAAAAUGGAUGUGGAGGAGCAAAUUGUGUUUUCCCUGAAGGUUUUAUUUAGAAAUUUUUGGAAAAAAGAAGACUAACGAAUUGAUGUUUCGACUUCUAUUACCCUAAUUACCCUAAUUAAAUUUUAGUAUAAUUACAUUAAAAAUGUUUCAUUAAAAACUUCCAUUAAAUCAAAACAAGUUGUUCUUAUUAGAUAGUAGCAUUUUUUUUUAAAUAUUGGUAUUGGCAUCUAGAAAUUUAUAAUCAAAGCUAAAAGUACUUUUUUCGGUAGGUAAAUAGAAAAAUAUUUGCAAAAAACUGUAAAAGAGAGUUCUAAAGAAUAUCACGAUAAUGCAUGAUGUUUAGAAUAAAUUUGCAUAUUUAGAUUUUGCAAAUUGAAAGGUUAACUUCUUGUAUUGACCCCAUUUGUGUAAUAAAUUUAUUGUCAAUAAUAUACGAGAAUAAAAUAAUUUACCUGAAAUGUAUCAACUACUAAUAAGAGUAGGUAAAACAAGGUUAAGGAGGUAAUAGUAAAAAAGCUCGCAAAAAAUAUUUAAUAACUAACUAUUUAUAUCUGUGAUUUUGUAAUGAUUCAAAUUAUGUCAUCUCACGUCGCGAGAUCGUUUAAAAUUGACUUCACAUCUGAAAACUAUAAAAUAUUUAACAAAAAAAUUUAUUAAAUUGUAAUAAGAAUAAUAAUUUUUGUUGAUUUUAACCGAUUAAAAAAUGGUGCAAACCGCAACCCAACCACACGUCCGUCCUAAAAUCUUUCUAGUUAAUUAAAUUUUAAACAUUAUUUGUCGUUUUGUGGUUUCCGUUUUAUUAAACCCUUGCACCUACACAACUUCCAAUUCCAUUCAUUAAUAAGCCCUACAAGUGUUAACAAUGCAGGCAAAACUUUUCAUAAUCCUUUCAAUUCUAACUCUAUUUGUUUAUGGCCAAAGGCCGCGAACAAAACCGGGAGAUUGCCCCCCGUACCCCAAUGUGGGGGUGUGUGACGUUACCUGUUAUGAAGACAAUCACUGUGCUGGACAUUUCAAAUGUUGCCGGACUGCUUGUGGUGGCACUUUUUGUACGGCCCCUGUAACAACGAGACAAAUUCAAAGAGGAGAGAAACAAGGCUCUUGUCCAGUGGCACCUUCAGGCCCUUGGGUGUGCUCCAGCAGGUGUGCUUUGGAUUCGGAUUGCAGGGGGGCUAAGAAAUGUUGCAGGAAUCGGUGUGGGGCCAUGGCUUGUACCAAACCUGAAUUUUAAUUAAAAAAAAUAUCAUUUUACAAUUUUGGCUACGUUAUUUGAAUAAAAAUUAGCAAAACGAUGUAA